UCAGCUCCAGCGAUAAAUCCUCGCACUCAACAAAAUACAUAAACGAUUUAUAGUUGCACAAACGGCACAAAACGCAACAGUAGCAACAACAAUGCCAACCAGCACUAGGAACAGGGAACUGAAGCUGGGAACGAAACAAGUUUUCCUUGCUACCAAAUCCCAGCGCAACAUAAAUCUUUAAUGGAAUAUCUUGGCACCAACUGGCUGAAUUGGGCGAGGGCUGCCCAAUGGAUCAACAAAAGCAGAUAUUGAUUUGCUUAUUAUUGUCUAAAGCAGAACUAUAAAAAAAAAAAAAACUAUAUAAAUUAUAGACUUUAUUGCAGUUUUACGAUUCGAAAUGUUCCAAGCCGAUAAAUGGGAGAGUAAAACUCUGGCAAAGUCGGUUGCAACAACUCGUCGGACUUGUUGCAAAUUUAAAAAUGGAAGUUCUACUGACAGUAGCAAAGGUUUGAGGAGUUCUAAACAGAAUUUUAACCAAAGCUGGCAACCAAUUUGAUGUGUAAAGCAAAGCAGAAGGCUCUUCGUUUAAAAAUAAAGUGAAUGAAUGGCAGAGGAGAAAUUAAUAAAUGUAAAUAAACAUCGAACCAUGCCAAAAGGCUCUUACAGCUGCAAAAACUUUCGAAUAAAAACGGACUAAGCAAGCCGAGAGAAUAAAGAGUUCAUUCAAAAGUCAUGUUAAUGCGGCUCCGAAAUUCUUUAAACUAAUAACUCACUUUUAAAUUUGAAGAAGAAAUCAACCGCAGCUGGCAUAAGAUAACAACUACCAAAGGCGAAAAGUGAAGAGAAAUGCCUGAACAAACUGAGAACGAGGACGAGAAGCCACCAUAUGCAUUUUUCUUUGGUGGCAUGGGCGCCGCAUCGGCCAUCAUAUUCUCAUCCCUGGGCGCAGCAUAUGGCACCGCGAAGUCCGGCACGGGCAUCGCCGCCAUGGCUGUGAUGCGGCCGGAGCUAAUCAUGAAGUCCAUCAUACCCGUUGUCAUGGCUGGCAUUAUAGCCAUCUAUGGCCUGGUCGUCUCGGUGCUGAUUGCCGGCUCGCUGUCACCCGAAUAUACCAUACGGAAGGGCUACAUUCAUCUGGCUGCCGGACUAUCUGUGGGCUUUGCCGGACUGUCGGCGGGCUUUGCCAUUGGCAUUGUUGGCGAUGCCGGCGUACGUGGAACAGCCCAGCAGCCGCGUCUAUUUGUGGGCAUGAUCCUUAUACUAAUCUUUGCCGAGGUGCUUGGCCUGUACGGCCUAAUUGUGGCCAUCUAUUUGUACACCAAAUAAUUUGCCUUGUAUUAAAUAUGAUGUGGCAAUGACAGCGAGAGCUAACUCUUUAA